AUGUCGGCGUUGUGCUUACAAUCCACUGGUGGAGAAGCCGCCCCACAGCCCCGGGAUAUUAUUCAAAUAUCAGAUGAUCAUCGAAACCGAAUCAAAAACUUUGAGGACACUCUCGAAUCCCUUCCCAAAGGCUUUUCACCUCUUAGUCCAAUGGAGAGAGCAGAACGUCAUCGCUUGUACGGAGAUGCCUAUCGUCGAAUUAUCGAGUAUUAUCGAGCAGGCAAACCACUUCCAAUGAAUGGCAAAUGUGUCUAUACUAUCACUGGCCAAGAUGGUGUUUGGCGGGAUACAGUAAUUGAAAUGAUGAAAAAAGCAAGAGAGUUGAAAGGCUUUCCGGUUUUCGAUCUUUAUGCAAUUCAAGCCUGCCAUAACACAGAGACAGGCACCUCAAAUGAAUUGGGCAAAGGGCCUACGCAAGCUGAAUCUGCUGCUGUUCAGAUGGCUCAGAGCGCGAGUUUUAAUGCUGGGCUGGGUGGUAACUUACAUCCAGUUACCAAUCCAGCUCAUCUUGGAUUUUAA